UCUCUGCAUGAGCUGCCGAGGCGGCUCUGGAGCCGCAGGAUUGAUGGAGAGGCGCUGAAAGCACCAACCCCUUCCCUGGCAGCCACCAUGGAGCUGCCCAGCACCAAAGAUUUCCAGUGGAAGUCUCUGGCGCCGCUGCCCAGCCGCAGGGUUUACUCCACGCUGGUGGAGGCGGGCGGGCAAGUGUUCGCCGUGGGCGGCUGCGACGACAACGGCGUGGCCGUGGACUCCUUCGAGGUCUACUCGCCCGAGGCCGACCAGUGGGCAGCGCUGCCCGCCAUGCCCACGGCCAGGGCCGGCGUGGCCGUCACCGUGCUGGGCAAGAGGAUCAUGGUGAUCGGCGGCGUGGGCGCCAACCAGCUGCCGCUGAAGGUGGUGGAGAUGUACAACACGGACGAGGGGCGCUGGAGGAAGCGCAGCUCGCUCCGCGAGGCGGCCAUGGGCAUCUCGGUGGCGGCCAAAGAUUACAGGGUGUACGCAGCGGGCGGGAUGGGCUCGGACCUGCGGCCCCACAACUUCCUGCAGCACUAUGACGUGCUCAAGGACAUCUGGGUGUCCCUGGCUGCCAUGCCCACCCCCCGCUACGCGGCCACGUCCAUCCUGAGGGGCACCAAGAUCUACGUGCUGGGGGGAAGGCAAUCCAAGUACGCCGUCAACGCCUUCGAGGUUUUUGACACGGACACGCGCUCCUGGACCAGGUUUCCCAACAUUCCCACCAAGAGAGCCUUCUCCAGCUUCGUUCCCACCGAGGGGAAGCUCUUCAGCCUCGGGGGGCUGCGCCAGGGCCGGCUCUACCGGCAGCCCAAGUUCAUGAGGACCGUGGACGUCUUCGACCUGGAGCAAG